AUGUCAUCCAACGCUUUGUAUUCUGCGGUGUGUUGUAAAUUUUCCUGUCUCGCGAGUGAUAGUUUUCAAUCGGAAAAUAUUGCCAGAAAAACUGGCGAAAUCUGUGUUAGGUUAUUGAAUUAAGUGAGUUUGGUGAUUGGUGUCGCGAAUAAACGUGAAGUUUCCCAGUUUGAAGCGAGUUUUCUGGCGGAAAAUCGCUUUUGAAAAUGUCAACAAAAGCCAGCGAAGAAGAGGCCCACCAUGAUAGUGACAUUACGGAUGAGUUUAUCGAUGAUGACGGUGAUAAGUCCGGGUAUUUUCCGGGAAAAACUGUUACGAUACAGAUGUUGCUCAGUGCAAAUGUCCUACAGCCGGGAAAAUCGGCGAUGAGCAUUGACUAUCUGGGACAAAAGUUCAUCGGCGAUUUGCUACCGGAUGGGAAGAUAAAGUCCCACGAAACGGAAACCAUAUUCUGUUCGCCGAGUGCUUGGGCCAUAUACUGCAAACGCAUAAUUAAUCCUGAAAAGAAAUCCGGCUGUGGAUGGGCCAACGUGAAGUACAAGGGCCGUAAGUUGGAUGCCUACAAGGCGGCGUACCACCGGAAGCAAUUACAGAGAGAAAAGGACCACAAGGAUGAUGUGCCAACGAUUGAUGAUACUCUUGAGGAGACUGAAGAAGAUAAGACGGCAAUGGAACCGCCACCGAUUCGAAGAACUAUAGUGCAGCAUAAUACCGUUAGCAAUCGCAAUAUAUUGCAUGAUGCAAAUACUCUCAUCGAAUCUAUUCCGUUCACUUCGAUUGGGAAGAUGCAGCCGUUUUUGGUAUCAGUGUCUUCUUCCACAAUCCUGGUCAUGGAUUUCCAUUGCCAUCUCACGAACAAUGAAGUUUGUGGCUAUCUAGGCGGCACCUGGGAUAUUAACGCCCAUAAUCUGUCAAUCACACACGCAUUUCCAUGCCGCAAUUCUCGGUUCGAUAGGGAUAAGGCCGCUAUGUGUGAACUGCAGAUCCAGAAGCUAAUGGUUAAGAAGAAUCUCAACUUGGUCGGAUGGUACCAUUCCCAUCCACGUUUUCCGGUGCAACCGACUUUGAGGGACUGUGAUGCUCAGCUGGAAUAUCAAAUUAAGAUGAGAGGUCCCACCGAAGCUUCCUACAUACCAUGUGUGGGAUUUAUCUGCUCUCCUUACAAUGAUGACAAUAUCACAUUGGAAUCCAGCAUUUUAUCUUUCUGGGUUCUGCCACCGCCAGAGAAUCGCCCAGCAGAGUACGGUCGGCCGAUGCUGAUGACUUAUAAUUUAAUUCAGGAUGAGGUGCUUUCUGAAGAUAUCAAAGAGGAAAUGAUGCUCACCGUUGAUUAUUAUAAACAGUUCAAACGUGAACUCAUAAAUUUUCAAUCAUCUUAUAAAAAUGAAAUUUCUUACAUUGAAAAACUGAAGAGAACUCUUCAACCGAAGUUUCCUCUAGAUUCAACAUCCGGCCAUUUUUGGAACUGGAUCCGAGAACUGUUAGGAUUAGAUCCUGAGGAAAUUAUUGCCAUUCCAGAACCUCCGCCACCGCCACCAGUACCCAUCAGUAUUCCCAAGAUUCCUGAGCCUCUAUCCGUUCCUUCGAUUGUUAAUUUGACCAACGUCGAGGAAAGCAGCGCCACUACCGAGAACAAAAAUGACGAGGACUUUGACGGAGUAUCAGAAAUGGGCGAUUCGGAUGUAAUAUCUCUCAAGGAUGAUGAUCCAAAGGUUCCAUCAUUAGCCGUUCCCAGUCUACAGGCUCAGCUGAAGCGACCAUCCGGGUUGAACAUGACUCCAUCUCCGCUUUCGAGCUCACUGGUGGUAUUGCCAACCAAUCUUAGCCAGAACAACUCCAACAACGCUAGCAAUAGCAACAUCAACAACCAUGGAUCUUUAACCACCAACACGUCGUCUCCCAGAGACAGUCCCAUAACCAUACCGUCAAAUUCAGCAAGUCCAGCAAAGUUCGAAAUUCCUGUUCGCGCCAGUCCAUCUCCUGCUAAAUCAGACACUUCGUCAUGUCGUAGUCGCACUAGAAAUUCACCCGCUCCGAGCCCAGGAAAGCUCUCCAUAGGGGAUAUUCUUGGAAGUGGAAACCGAAACAGUCCUACCCUGAACUCUCUCAUCGGAAACAUGGGCAACAACGUUUCCAACAUUCACGAUCUCUAUGCUGCUACAUUUGCCUCCCUGGGUAGCUCUCUUCCGGCGAAUCUUCUCCCGCAAGACUACGCCUCCCUGUUCCAAAACACGAAACGUGACGAGUAUGGCCUAUCGGCGUUGAACGCGUUGGCCCAAGUUGCGGCUGCAUCCGGAAUCUCAAACUCACAAAUCAACGAGACACUUCUGCACAGCCUCAACCGAAGCAUCUCGUCUAAAACGGGGCAGACAUCCACGGUAACCACUACAACGGCCACGAUGACAUCGAGCAGUGCCUCUCCAUCGGUCUCCGCAGCAGCCAACAAUUCAAACCUGCCGGCAAUUCCAAACAUGAAGGAAUUCAUGCAACAACUCGAAAAGGGCAACCUGAGUUUACUGAUGCAAUCUCAGUACGCAAAUCCGCUGGCCGGAAUGACAGGUCUCUCCGCGCAACCGAGCGCUGGAUCAAGUGGCGGCAAAUCCGGAUCAAGUCGUUCAUCUAGCAAAUCAUCUCGGUCGAAAUCCCAGCAACAGUCCGUUCAACAGCAACUUCAACAAGCUCAACAGCAGCUCCUCCAACAGCAACAGCAGCAACAUCAAUCGCUCAUGGACUACGCCGACUUUACCAGCAAGUUCGACCAGAGCAAGCUUGCCGAUCUGAUGAAAUCUCCUGAAUACUCACAAAUGCUGCUCCAACAAGCACAGGCAUUGGGAAGCCUCGGUAGUGAAAUCUCCAUAAUCAAGAAGCCAUCCUCUAAGAACAGCUCAAAUGCUUCAACUAGCAAUGCAAAUAAUAACAGCAACAACAACAAUGCCCAGAACAUCAGUUCGGCUCAGAAAACCAAUACAAAGGAUUCGGCUAGUGACCUGAUCACUAAGCUUCGUACAGUUUUCUCCACCGAUGCAUAUCUCCCUCCGAUGCCAACAGCUGCCGAUAUCAACUUACUUGCUGAACAAUCGCAAAAAGUGCCGGAAAUUCAGCAGAUUCUCAAUUCUGGAAAUCUGGACGACAUUCAAGUGCUACUCAAAGCACAAUCCCUGUCCAACAAUAUGCUAGAUUUUGCUGCAUUCCAGCAAGGAACGUCCGGUGUAGGUGCCGGCAGUGGAUCCGGAGAAAGUUCCAGCAAAGCUGCUAAAAAUGCUGCUAAGGAAGAACGCGAAAGGGAACGUGAGCGGGAACGCGAACGUGAAAGAGAACGGGAGAGAGAGCGUGAACGUGAAAACGCUGCUGCCAAUGCUGCUGCUGCCGCCGCGGCGGCUAUGAAUCCAUAUCUAUCCGCUAGUAAUCUAUCGGCACUAUUUGAACCUGUUCAACGUUCUUCGUCCGGUAAAUCUGGUAAAGCAGAUAAGAAUAAAGGCUCGGCUGAUCGCAGCACCACUAAUGUUGCAUCAAACCCGGCAGAUAUGCUAAACAGUUUGUUCACGUCUGCCGUAGGAGGAGCUGGAGCAGCCGACAUGAAUGCACUGCUCUAUGGUCAGGGGAAAGGAGGCCCCGAUUUGAGCAUGCUUUUCGGAGGAGUUAGUUCGGCGCCAACUUCCUCUUCCAAUUCUAACACAACAUCAACCGCUGCUGCGGCGGCUGCAGCUGCAGCGAAACAGAGUCUGGACUACCUGUCCAUGUUCCCCAACUUUUCUUCAGCCAAGCUUCCCGAAAUGUCGGCCCUUUUCCAAUCGGACAAGUUCGAAAUUCCAGAUCCGCUGGCUAAGGCAACACUGGAAGCCAACAACAUGUAUCUUGCACCAUCAGCAUCUUUAUUAAAACUUCAACAAGAAGCGUUCAAUUCAAUGAUGAUGAAACCUCCAAAAUCAUCGUCCUCCUCUACGUCUUCUUCCAGCAAGAUCGAGACUCCCCCACCGAUCUCUGCCUCACCCGGUGCACGUUCAACACCUACAAAAUCGGCCAGUCGUGAGAGCCCUUCGCUCGGACCGAAGUACAACUUUAGCGCCGUAGAUCUUGCGGUUUCCAGUGUUCCUUUGGCUGCUUCGUCACCUCUUGGUGCGGCUGACUUGUCCAGGAAGACACCCCAGACGCCACCGGUCGAAAUGCCAGCUUCGCCGUCCAUUCAAACCACACCUCCGGCAACGGCUGGAUCGUCGCAAGUUUUGCCUCCCUACAAAAAGCGUAUGGAGUUCUCAUCGAUUGCCGAUCUCGUAGCUGCUCCACCCAGCAAGAUGCCGAAACUGUCGUCGGAGAAUCUAGACCCUUAAACAGUAAGCAGUUGCAAUCUAUAAGUACGCGUGGCGCAGGUAAGAUUUCUGAUAUGUAACUUCUUUUACACAACUCUCUUCAGUAUUGGGCGUAGGUUUAUCUUAUGUUUAAGUGAGCAUCGAAUGUUUUUGUGAACUGAUCCUUAUUUUAUAAUGACAAUUUUUUAUUGACGCAGUUUCUGCGUGAUGCCCAUGAGGACAAUGAGCAUACGCUGCACAGUGACCAUUUUCCUUCCUAUUUUUCAGCAUUACUUUAGGAAGAGAUUCAUAAUUUGAGAUUUACAAAACACAAAAUGGUAACGUAUUAGUUACAAUACUAAUAAUAAUCAAAGUAUCGAUAAACCAGGCAGAUAUAAUAAUACAAUAUCGUGUGAACACAA